UCGACUGCGCGUAGCCAUCUUGGCAUCUACGCCAACGUCUGCGUGACGGUGACCUAUUCUAACCGCCAUGGGAAAAACCUACAAGAUGCGCUUUAUCGCAGUGUGGCUGCUAUCAUAGCGAAGCAUCCCAUCCUGUCUGCGGUGCCUGUAGACACGACGACUAUACCACGAUUCGUCCGUUUACCUCUUCUCAAUCUCAAGGAAGUUGUUACAUUCAUCGAGAAGCCGGGUUAUACACCUGGCGCAACUUCAGAUCUUACCCUAGACGAAUUGGUCCAAAACCAACACAACCACCCUUUCCGGCAGGACAACUUGUCGGUUCCUUUCUGGAGAAUCACUAUUCUCAGAAAUCCUGACGAUUCUUCUUGGUUCUCACUGUGUUUCUGCUUUCAUCAUUCCCUCGGCGAGCCACCCAAGGAUUGGUGGAGCGGAAAACCGCAAACUCUCCCUGUCCAAACGAGAUUCUCUUCCGUUUGGAUCCCCUCAGCUUCAUUUACUUCUCUUAGACGAAAAUGCAAGGAGCAAGGCGUCACGUUGACAGCAGCCCUCAUGUCGCUGAUCGCCGGCGCCUUCUUCCGCAUCCUCCCACCAGAAUACAGCAUUGUCCAAGGAGACUGUGCCGUCUCGCUCCGGCGCUUUUUACCGGAUUACAUAGACCAACGCUCGGCUGGAUGCUACGUCGGGUCCCUGAGCGAGGUCUAUAGCAGAGAAUCCCAGUCUAUAUGGAAGGACGCCAAGCGCACGAAGAAGACCAUCGACGAAACCCUGCAAUUAAGAGGCGCCGAUAUGCCGGUAGGAUACCUAAAGCAUAUACCGGAUAUAUUUGGGUGGCUAUCUGGCAAGAUUGGGAAGAGACGAUGGGCUGCGUGGGAGUUGAGCAACGUUGGAGGGUUUGACGAUGCGCCUGGCUUGAAGGUUGAGGAUCGUCAGAUUCAGAGCGUCAUGUUUAGUCAGAGUGCGAGUGCCUGCUCAGGAGCUGUUAAAGUCAGUGCGGCAUCGGGGAGGGAUGGGAAACUUGGGUUGGGGUUUACGUGGCAGGAGGGGAUUGUGGGCGAUGAAGUGGUGAAGGGGCUGAUUGAGAGCCUCGUUGAUCUAAUCCAGGAGAUUACUUCUUAA